GGUUUGCAAACUGUUUGAAUCGGAAUGUUACUAAGUGUUAGCACUAACGUUAGCUUGCACCAAUUCCUGCUUUAGUGGUUCAUAAAAAAAAAAAAAAAAAGUUUGUUGAUUCAACUUUAAGUUGGCUAAGUAACAUUAACGUUAGUUUGUGAAAGUUUUGUUAAUGUUAGCAAACUGCGGCUCGCAGAAGACGUGACAUUUUCUAUCUGUUUGCAUCACAAGCUUGCACGCGGCACGGCACUGGAAGCUCGCAACGCCGACCCCCUGCACUGCUGCUGUGUGUCUUGCUGGUGACAGUGACAUGAUUUAUUUCCUGCAGGACACCGCUACAAUUUUGUCUUCCACACGAGGCUUCCCUAAUACAGUGUAAAUGGAAGCGACUGAUGUCCUGAGACUAAGGGUCAUCCUUGAUGAUGUCAAUGCUGAGAGGCUUAUUUUGCCCUCUCGUCCUGAGACUGUAAAUGCCCUCAUAAUUGAGAUAAAAAAUAAGUUGAACCUUGCCUAUGACUUUCGGCUUCAGUUUCAAGACCCAGAAUUUGACAAUGCCCUAUGCAAUUUAGGAAACAUCGAGGACCUACCAUCCAAGGCAACCAUUAAGAUAGUUAGAUAUCUUGAGCCAGAUCUCAGUUCAACCAGCACAGAUGAUACACUGUUGUCUGAUAACACAGAUUCACUAGAUCGUCUUUGCCGAUGGCCAGAGAUCUUUGUUAUUCCAACAUUCUCCUACGAGGUGGAGCAUGCUCUAAGAGAGGGCAACUAUGCAUUUGUCAAAGAGGGGAAAACUCUAAACUUGACUAGGGAUCAAAAACACAACAUACUGGAUGGAAUGGCUGCUGAAAUAUAUAAGCAUAAAGCAUAUCCCAGUACCAAAAAUAUUCUCAUGGCUGCAGAGGCUCUGGUGCGCAAAUACCCCUGCCUAAAAGAAAAAGGUUCCGGAACAGGGUAUGAGGGUUGGAAGAACAGCCUGCGCUUCAAAAUGGGCAACUACAGGACCAAACUGAGCAGGGCUGGCAUAAAGGAUGUGGCUGUGAAUGCUGGAAAACGUAGCAGGACCAAUCCAGAAGGUGCAGCAUCCAGGGCCAAAAUCAAAAGACCCAGAAGAGGAGAAAUAAACUUCAUGCCCAAUUAUCCCCAAGGAGAAACUAAGGACACACUGGAGAACUUGAGGCUUGAGAUGGUGGAGCAGUUCAAGAAGACCGUGACUGAUAGAGACAUGAUUAUCAUCCAUCAACAUAUGCAGCGUACCUUUGCACUCAGGCGUGAAGAAAUUGUGAAUUCAGCUCCUCCCAUUGCUGAAUUGAAAGACCGAUGGCCUGCACUCUUUUGUGAAGCCCAAUUGAGUAAAAACUUAGACACAUUGUCAUGGUCAUGAUUGCAGCACUGGUUGAUCUGGAUAAAGAGCAAAAAAUG